UUAGGUAAGUUACAGUCCAACAGGAGUGAGCUACCUGCAUGGCAACUGCAGACUGGACUCUCACCAGCUCUCACAGUUUUCAGUUCUUGGCAGAGAGAAACAAGAUCAUUUGGAAAAGAAAGAUAAGUUCUCCCUUAAGUCAUGACAGAAACAGAAAAGCUAUGCUGCUCCAAUCAAAACUGAAAAUGCUUUUAACGCUUGAGCAAUCUUAAGAUGAUUGACUUCAGUGGACAUGAUGGCUGGCUGGCUGCUCUCUGUGAUGAGUAUUGAAGUACUACUUUUGGCAGAACCUUGCCUGAAUUUACGUAUUGAACCUGAAGAAGGUAGCCUUGCAGGGGGAACAUGGAUCACAGUCAUUUUUGAUGGUUUGGAGCCAGGUGUCCUUUACCCCACCAAUGGCUCUCAGCUGGAGGUACACCUGGUGAACAUGGCUGUGCCUGCAUUGAGGAGCAUCCCCUGUGACGUCUCUCCUGUCUUCUUGAAUUUCCCAGUGGUGACAUGCCGGACCAGAUAUCUGCCAUCCAAAGCUCAUGAGGGUCUGUAUUCCCUGGAAGUGCGCUCUGGGGGACAGGUAGUGGGCAGCCCAAGUUCAAGACCACAAGACAGCUGUACUUUCAAGUUUUCCAAGGCACAGACACCGAUUGUUUACCAAGUUAAUCCACCAAGUGGAGUUCCAGGGAAACUAAUUAAGGUGUAUGGCUGGAUUAUCACUGGGAAGUUGGAGACCUUUGAUUUUGAUGCUGAGUACAUCGAUAGCCCGUUGAUCUUGGAAGCUCAAGGAGACAGUUGGGUCACUCCUUGCUCUCUGAUAAACAGGCAGACAGGAAGCCACUAUCCUUCUCAGGAAGACCGUGGUCUUGGUACUCUGCAGUGCCGUGUGGAAGGCGAUUACAUUGGCUCCCAGAAUGUUAGUUUCUCAGUGUUUAACAAAGGAAAGUCAGUGGUGCACAAAAGUGCCUGGCUGAUCAGUGCUAAACAGGAGCUCUUCCUAUACCAGACACACUCAGAAAUCCUAUCUGUGUUUCCAGAAACUGGGAGCCAUGGGGGAAGAACAGAUAUCACAAUUACGGGAGACUUUUUUGACAAUUCUGCCCAGGUUACCAUAGCCGGCAUUCCAUGUGAUAUUAGACACGUGUCUCCCAGAAAGAUUGAGUGCACCACCCAGGCUCCAGGAAAGGGGGCAAGGCUCACUGCUCCUCAGGCAGGCAAUCGAGGGCUUCUUUUUGAAGUUGGAGAUGCUUCUGAUGGCUUGGAACUGACUGAAGCAACCCCUGGGUACAGGUGGCAGAUUGUGCCUAAUGCCAGUUCUCCAUUUGGGUUUUGGUCAAUGGAAGGACAACCUUUCAGAGCGCGGCUCAGUGGGUUCUUUGUGGCUCCAGAGACAAAUAAUUAUACAUUCUGGAUCCAGGCAGACAGCCAAGCUUCCUUGCAUUUUAGUCAGACAGAGGAACCAAAGACUAAGGUGGAAGUGGCCUCCGUCGGGGUUGGCACUGCUGAUUGGUUUGACUCCUGGGAACAGAACGGGAAUGAAGGGCCCUGGCAACAGAAGACAGCCAAGUUGGAGCUGUUGGGGGGAGCCAAGUACUAUCUGGAAGCAGAGCAUUAUGGGACAGCCCCCAGCAGGGGAAUGAGAAUUGGGGUCCAGAUCCACAACACCUGGCUGAAUCCUGAUGUGGUCACCACUUACCUCCGAGAGAAGCACCAGAUCCGAGUCCAAGCCCAGAAACUUCCAGAAAUACAGAUGCUGAAUGUAUCAGGCAGAGACAACCUUUUCCUUAUGUGGGACAAUGUUUCUAGCCAGCCAAUCCCUGCAAAUGCCACAGCCCAUCAGAUUCAAACCACCAUUGAGGAGUUACUUGCUGUAAAAUGCACACUGGAACCCCUUUCAGCCAACAUCCUCCUCCGGCUUGGAUUUGAACAAGGACUGGAAGGUUCCAGCUCUGAUGGGGACAUCACCAGUGGGACAGAGCCCUUCUGUGGCAGAUUCAGCCUCCGUCAGCCUCGACAGCUUGUCCUGACCCCCACAGUUACGCAAAUGAGCUAUCGACUAGAUGAGUACCCCCAUAUGUGUAUCGCAUACAAAGGCUAUAUGAAUAAGAUCCUAAAGAUGACUGUGUCUUUCACAAUUGGCUUUCAAACCAUCAAAAAGAAGAACAGCACCUGUGACUGGAGUCUGCCUGGGACCAGCCCUGAGAGCUGGGAGUUCACAUGCACUGACCUCUGGGACACAUGCAUGCAUCGCUCCGGGGACCUCCAGCUGCCUCUGUCAAAUGUCCCUGUGUCAAUUCAUCAGAUUGUCCUCCUUCCUUUGCCCCAAGAGACUGGUCAGCUCUAUGUGGAUGAAAUUAUUAUCACAGACACAAACAUAACAGUUUCUCCAGUUGAUUAUGGAACAGCUCUUCCAGGAGGGAACCUGGUGGAAUCCAUCUCUGUGGUGGGAUCCCCUCCAGUCUACAAUGUAGCCUUCUGGCCUGCAGGGUGUGGCCUGGAGCUCCCACUUAUCACUGCAUGCUCUGUGCCCACUGAAGAAACAGAAGGAUCUGGACCGGUCCAUGUGACAGCACAAAGACUACAGAGGACAAGUCCACCUUUGGGAGGACAUUUUCGCAUCCAAUUUCCUAACACAGAGAUUCCUGAUGUCCCUGUGCACAUUUCUGCAAGGCAUCUUCAAAAACUCUUACAGGACAAUGCUGAUAACUUCACCUCCAGAUACCUCAAUGUCAGUGAUUUCACUGUGAAGGAGGAUCUAAAUGCUUGCUAUGAACAUGUAUGGACCCUUUCCUGGUCUACCCAGAUUGGGGAUUUGCCCAAUUUUAUCAGAGUGUCUGAUCAAAGUCUGACUGGGAUGAAUCCUGUGGUAACCACUCGUGUGGUAUUUGAUGGUGGAGUUUUUCUUGGACCCAUGUUUGGAGACAUGCUGGCCACUGCCAACCAACACACUCAGGUGGUUGUACGAGUGAAUGACAUACCAGCUCAUUGCCCAGGUUCCUGUUCCUUCCAAUAUCUCCAAGAGUCAACUCCCAGCGUCCAUUCUGUGUGGUAUUCCCUUGAUGGUGACAUCAAUCCACUGGUUUAUAUUACUGGAACUGGUUUCUCUGAUGAUUCCCAGUCUUUACAGGUUAUGGUGAACAAAAUGAGUUGCAAAGUUAUUUUCUCAAAUCAAACGAAUGUAGUAUGUCUAUCAGACUUGCUGCCAGUCGGAGUACAUCCAAUCUCAGUGUUGGUGAGACCCUCUGGUCUUGCCGUCAAUGCCAGUGGAGAAGGCCUCUUCCUAUACGUGAGACCCAGGCUUGAUGCUGUGGAGCCUUCCAGAGCUGCAGAGAUUGGAGGGCUCUGGGCCACCAUCCAAGGCUCUAGUUUGGAAGGUGUUAGCCUGGUGUUAUUUGGAUCUAAGUCCUGUGACAUCAACAUCACCACAAGUAAUUCUCAAAGAAUUCAGUGCAAAGUUCCACCCAGGGGGAAAGAUGAAUACAGUGUGAAUGUGACUGUUAUCAGAGGGAAUCAUUCUGCAGUUCUUCCCAGAGCAUUUACAUAUGUCUCCUCUUUAAAUCCAAUGAUUGUGUCUCUGAGCAGAAAUCGAAGCAACAUAGCAGGAGGGGAGACCCUUUCCAUUGGAAUGACCCGGCUGCUGAACUAUUCAGAUUUGGAUGUGGAAAUACACAUCCAGGACACCUUGGCUCAGGUACAUGCACAGACGGCACAGGGCCUGGAGGUGGUGCUGCCCCCGCUGCCAGCCGGCCUCCACAGAAUUUCAGUCUCCAUCAAUGGGGUCAUCAUUCGCUCACAAGGGGUUGAUCUGCACAUCCAGUAUCUCACAGAAGUUUUCGGCAUGGAGCCUUGCUGUGGGUCCCUUUUCGGUGGAACCAUCCUCAGCAUCUCAGGAAGAGGGUUUGGCAGGGACCCAGCUUUGGUUUGGGUACUUGUGGGCGAUCAGCCCUGUGACAUGGUGAACUUGACAGAGGUGAGCAUCUGGUGUGAGACCCCACCGGCCCCGCUGCUGCCCGAUGCAGAGGCUCUCACCAUCCCAGCCCCCGUGGAGGUCUGGGCUGGCAACACAGCCUUCAUCCAUGGACCUUCAGCAAGCUUGGUGGGGAAGGGCCUUACCUUCAGGUAUGAAGUGGCAGCAACACCAGUGGUCACCGCCUUGUGGGGAGAAGUCACAAACAGUAGCCUGAAGUUGUAUGUGGAAGGAAGUGACCUCUCUAACUCUGUCAUCCUCCUGGGGAGCUUGAAGUGUGAGGUUGAGACACAGUCUCUUUGGGGCAACCUGAGCCUGUCUGGGUGCUCCUUUCCCCUGCACACUCUGGAAGCAGGUGUCUACCCUGUCCGAGCAUGUCAGAAGCACAUGGGAUUUGCCAACAUGUCUGCAGUGCCCCAGCAAUUUGUGGUGACACCUCGGAUAAUGACCAUCUUGCCAAUGCAUGGUUCUGUGUGUGGCGGGACUGUGCUCACUAUCAGGGGCUUGGCUCUCAACUCUAGAAGGAGGUCGAUUCAGAUUGACCUUUCAGGUCCUUUUACUUGUAUGAUUUUGCAUUUGGAAGACCGUAUAGUUCUCUGUCGGAUCAACCAGAUGGGUGACCACUUGCCUGGAGCUUCCUUCACUCUGAAUGUCACAGUCGUGGUCAAUGGGCUGCCCAGCGAGUGUGAAGGGAACUGCACUCUCUUCAUGCAAGAGGACGAAAGUCCUGUAGUGGAUGCCUUGACCAUAGACAUCAGUGGGUCUCUGACCACUCUGCUGAUAAGGGGUCAGCGGCUGGACUCCAGAACUGAUGAGCCAAUGGUAUUUAUAGAUGAUCAACUUCCUUGCAAUAUAACUUUCUUUAAUGCAAGCCAGGUGGCAUGCCAAAUAAGUGGUUUGACCCCAGGAGUCCACUACCUAUCAGCUGUCCAGACAAGUAAUGGGUAUGCUUGUUUGGGUAACAUUUCCAGGAAUUUCUCCAUCAUGCCUCAAGUCUUUAAUUAUUUCCCUAAGAAUUUCAGCACACAUGGUGGAAGCCUCUUGGCCAUAGUGGGCACAACCCUGAGAGGACAGAACACCACAUUGAUCUUUGUUGGCCAACAGGCCUGUCUGAUAGUGAACAUCAGUUCUGAGCUCAUCCAGUGCAUUGUUCCUGCAGGGAAUGACUCUAUUGCUCUGGAAAUAGAGGUAGAUGGAAUUGGGUACCACAUCGGAGUUGUUGGUUACAGUGAUGUCUUCACCCCAGAAUUGCUCUCUGUUUCUCAGAGUGAUGGCAUUUUAACCUUUGCAGUGGCCCGCAUCUCAGGAGCUGCCAAUGUUGACAUAUUUAUUGGGAGGACACCUUGUGUGGGUGUGUCUGGUAACUACACGGUUCUCCAGUGCAUCACCCCUUUUCUUCCUGCGGGGAAGUACCACGUCAGGGGUUAUGACCGCAUCAGAGGGUGGGCCUCCUCUGCUCUUGUGUUCCUGUUGAAGGCUACAAUUACAGCAGUGACAGAGAACUUUGGCUGCCUGGGUGGAAGGCUUGUACAUGUGUUUGGAGCAGGGUUUUCUCCAGGGAAUAUCUCAGCUGCCGUGUGUGGUGCUCCUUGCCAAGUCCUGGCUAAUGCUACUGUGUCUGCAUUCAGCUGCUUGGUUCUGCCCCUGGAUGAGUCCUUGGCCUUCCUGUGUGACCUGAAGAACAAGGAGGACAGCUGUGAAGUCAUCAGCCACACCUAUGUGCAGUGUGAUUUGAGUGUAUCCAUGGGGAUGGAGAGACUGCCGGAAUUGUGGCCUUACCUCUAUGCUUGUGAAGAAAGUUCCCAGUGUCUCUUUGAACCAGAUCAUUGGAAAAAGUCAGACUUUCCAUCAUUCUCUGGCUUCUUCAUCAGCCCUAAAGUGGAAAGAGAUGAAGUUCUCAUCUAUAAUAGCUCCUGUAACAUUACCAUGGAAACUGAGGCAGAGAUGGAGUGUGAGACGCCUAAUCAGCCAAUUACCGCCAAGAUUACUGAGAUACGGAAAAGCUGGGGCCAGAACACUCAGGGCAACUCUUCCUUUCAGUUCUGCCGGAGGUGGUCCAAGGCUUACAGUUGGUUUCCUGAAAAAGUGCCACAAGAUGGCGACAAUGUCACAGUGGAGAAUGGCCAAGUCUUCCUGCUGGACACCAAUACUAGCACCCUCAACUUACUGCACCUCAAAGGGGGCAAGCUGAUUUUUAUGGAUCCAGGACCCAUCCAGCUGAGGGCCCACUCCAUCCUUGUUUCUGAUGGUGGAGAACUCCGGAUUGGAUCCAAGGGCAAGCCUUUCCAAGGCAAAGCUGAGAUCAAACUCUAUGGGAGUUCCCACUCUAUGCCCUUCUUUCCCUUUGGAGUCAAGUUCCUGGCUGUGAGGAAUGGAACUCUUUCCUUGCACGGUUCACUGCCAGAAGUUGUUGUCACCCAUCUUCGAGCAGCUGCCCAUGCCCAAGACAGAGUGUUGUCUCUGGAAGACGCUGUGGACUGGCAUACUGGGGAUGAAGUGGUCAUUGUCAGUGGGACAGGUGUCAAAGGUGCCAGACCAGCGGAAGAGACUGUCAUUGUGGAGGCCGUGCACCAUGCUGACCUCCACCUGAGGUCGCCCUUGAGAUAUUCUCACAACUUCACAGAGAUUUGGGUGGCUGGAGAACACCGCAUUUUAAAGGUCACAGUGGCUCUGCUCAGCAGGCGUAUUACCAUACAAGGAAAUCUCACUAGUGAGAGGAAGACAUUCCUGGCUUCCUGUCAAGAGGCCAACAUGGCAGAAGGCAACCUGCAGCACUGUUUGUAUUCCAAGAGUGAGAAGAUACUGGGAUCCAGGGAUCUGGGGGCCAGAGUCAUCGUUUGGUCCUCCCCAGAGGAACCCAGCCAGGUCCAGUUGGAGGGGGUGGAGUUCCGAGACUUGGGACAAGCCUUCCAUAAGUACAUGAGAUCGCUCACUCUGGUGGGCACUAUGAGAGAUUCCUAUGUCCAGGGCUGUACUAUAAGGAGCUCCUUUAGCAGAGGCCUCAGCAUAUACAGGACCUUGGGCCUGAAGGUGGACAGUAAUGUGUUCUACAAGAUUUCAGGUCAUGCUCUGCUGGUGGGGACGUACAUGGGGAUGAGCUAUAUCUCCUGGGAAACGAUUCCUGGAAGAAAAAAUGACUGGUCAGAACAGGGAAAUAUGAUAAGAAACAAUGUGAUCAUCAGUGUUUCUGGUGCUGAAGGCCUCUCCAGUCCUGAAAUGUUGACACCAUCCGGCAUCUAUAUCCGUAGUCCCACCAAUGUUAUAGAGGGGAACAGAGUGUGUGCUGCUGGCUAUGGAUACUUUUUUCAUCUUGUGACCAGCCAAACAUCGCAAGCUCCACUCCUGUCAUUCACUCGGAACAUUGCACAUUCUUGUACAAGGUAUGGUCUCUUUGUAUAUCCUAAGUUUCAGCCACCUUGGGACAAUGAUUCUGGCCCCACUGUGCUCCAAAACUUCAUGGUUUGGGGAAGUGCAGGUGGUGCCCAGAUUUUUAGAAGUAGCAAUCUUCAUCUGAAAAAUUUCCAAGUUUAUUCAUGCAGAGACUUUGGAAUUGACAUCUUGGAAAGUGAUGCAAAUACUUCGGUUACUGACAGUUUAUUACUUGGUCAUUUUAACCAAAAGGAAAGUCUUUGUAUGUCAGCUGGGAUUAAAACUCCCAAAAGAUGGGAACUGCUGGUUUCUAACACAACCUUUGUUAAUUUUGAUCUCAUCAACUGUGUGGCCAUAAGAACCUGUUCAGGCUGUUCCCAAGGACAGGGUGGAUUUACUGUGAAGACCAACCAGUUGAAGUUUACAGACUCUUCAAAUUUAGUAGCAUUUCCAUUUCCUCAUGCAGCAAUUUUGGAAGACUUGGAUGGUUCUCUCUCUGGGAAAAAUAGAAGUCACAUUCUGGCCUCUAUGGAAACCCUUUCCGCUUCUUGUUUGGUCAGUGCAAGCUUCAGUCAGAUUGUCCGGGGCAGUGUCUGUGGGGAAGAUGUUCUCUUUCAUCGUAUGUCCAUUGGUUUGGUUAAUUCUCCUGAUGUUUCUUAUGAUUUAACCUUGAAGGACAGCAGAAAUAAGACAACCACUGUCAAUUAUGUACAUGACACAUUGUCCAACCAUUAUGGCUGGAUGGCUCUGCUUUUGGAUCAAGAGACCUACUCAUUGCAAUUUGAGAAUCCUUGGAUCAACAGAUCUUUGCAGUAUGAAGCAACAUUUGACAACUUUGCUCCUGGCAAUUACCUACUGCUGGUGCACACAGACUUGCCACCUCUGUCUGAUAUUUUUAUAAGAUGUGGGAGUCAGGUGGGUCAGUCUCUGCCAUCUCUGCCAUCACCUGGGCGGGACCACGGCUGUGACUGGUUCUUCAACAGAAAAUCAAGGCAACUCACAUAUCUGGUUGCAGGUGAAGGUCAAGUUCAAGUGAUUCUCCUAGUGAAGGAAAGUGUGCCCCCAACUAUUUCAGCUUCCACCUCUGCACCUGAAUCAAUUUUAAAGUGGUCAGUUCCUGAAACAUGGCAAGACGUUGAAGAGGGAUGGGGAGGACACAACCAUACCAUACCAGGCCCGGGGGAUGAUGUCCUGAUUUUACCCAACAGGACUGUCCUUGUGGAUAUCGAUCUUCCCUUCCUCAGAGGCCUCUAUGUAAUGGGGACUUUAGAGUUCCCUGUGGACAGAAGCAACAUCUUGAGCGUGGCAUGCCUGGUUGUUGUAGGAGGGGAGCUGAAAGUCGGUACUUUAGAAAAUCCAUUAGAAAGAGCCCAAAAGCUACUGAUUCACCUUAGAGCAUCAGAAGAAAUCUUUUGUGAUCGUUACAGUGAAAUUCGUAUUGACCCAGGAACAAUUGGGGUUUAUGGAAAAGUUCAGCUUCACAGUGCUUAUCCUAAAAAAUCCUGGACACAUCUUGGAGCAAAUAUUGCCUCAGGAAAUGAAAGAAUUAUAGUAGAAGAUGCUGUGGACUGGCAACCCUAUGACAAAUUGGUCCUUAGCUCCACUUCUUAUGAGCCUCAUGAAGCAGAGGUCCUCACUGUGAAAGAAGUCAAGGGUCAUCAUGUCAGGAUCCACGAACGCCUCAAAUACCAGCACACUGGAAGUGUCCACGUCAUGGAAGAUGGCCAACACAUCCAUUUGGCUGCUGAGGUUGGACUGUUGACCCGAAAUAUACGAAUUCAGUCUGACACAUUGUGUAAGGGGAGACUACUUGUGGGGUCCUUCAGGAAGUCUAGCAGGGAAGAAUUUUCAGGUGUCCUUCAACUUCUAAAUGUGGAAAUUCAGAAUUUUGGCUCACCAUCACAUUCAUCCAUUGAAUUCACUAAUGUGUCAGCAGGAUCCUGGAUCAUAUCUUCUACGGUACACCAGAGCUGUGGCGGGGGCAUUCAUGCAUCUGCAAGUCAUGGCAUAAUUUUAAACGACAAUAUAGUGUUUGGCACAGCUGGCCAUGGCAUUGAUUUGGAGGGUCAGGCCUACUCUCUCACUAAUAAUCUUGCAGUUUUGAUGACACAGUCAGUGUGGUCUGCCAUUUGGGUGGCAGGAAUCAAAGUGAACCGCGCAAAGGAUAUCUACCUCCAUGGCAAUGUUGUGGCAGGAUCAGAGAGACUUGGCUUUCACCUACGAGGACACAGGUGCUCCUCUCAAGUGCUUUGGUCUGGCAACGUGGCCCACUCAAACCUUCAUGGUCUUCAUGUGUUUAAGGAAAGUGGACCUGACAACUGUACCUGUAUCACUGGCUUCCUGGCUUUCAAGAACUUUGACUAUGGUGCGAUGAUACAGGUGGAGAAUAGUGUGGAGAUGGAGAAUAUCACUCUGGUAGACAAUGCUAUUGGUCUUUUGGCAGCAGUGUAUGUGUCUUCUGUUCCACAGAGAUCCAUCAGAAAUGUGCAGAUUGUGCUUAGGAAUUCAGUCAUUAUAGCCACCAGCUCCUCUUUUGACUGUAUUCAGGACAGAAUGAAGCCUUACUCGGCCAAUGUGACAUCAACAGAUCGAGCGCCUCCCAAUCCUAGAGGAGGCCGCAUUGGUAUCCUGUGGCCUGGGUUCACCUCAGAACCAAACCAGUGGCCUCUGGAGCCAUGGCACAAAGUGAGGAAUGGCUAUUCAGUUUCAGGAAUCAUGAAACUUGAAGGUGUCACCUUUUCUGGUUUUGUAAAGAGUUGCUCUAGUGGUGACCUGGACAUUUGUAUUCUGCCAAAUGUAGAGAGCCCUGGAAUCAUGCACCCAAUAAUUGCAGAAAGGACUAGGAUGCUCAGGAUGAAAGAUGAGAACAAGUUCUACUUUCCUCCAUUACACCACAGGAGAGAUUUGGAAAGAGUGACCUGCCCUGAAUCAGAUUGUGAAAGUCCAAGAAAAUAUCUCUUCAAGGAUAUGGAUGGUAGAGCCCUGGGUCUGCCUCCACCAAUCUCUGUAUUUCCUAAAACUGAGGCAGAAUGGACUGGAUCUUUCUAUAACACAGGGGCAAGGUUUCAAUUGCUGUGCAUCCGCAUGGCUCUUCAUUUACCUUGGAACUGAAAAUAGCAACAGAAACAGAAAAGUGUUUUGGAACAAGGAGCAACUGUUUAGUCCUACUUAAAAAAGAUCCAGAUGCCUAUUCCAGAUGAUUGGGUGUGGUGAGCCGCUUCUGCCGUUUCUGCAGACUAUGGUCGCCAUUACAAGAUGGCGCUGGCUUCGCUGUGGUCUGUGACAAACAACUCCUUAUUUGGGAGAGUUGGCGCAUGGUUUUUCACCACCCUAUGAGAAAGCUCCACGUGGCAGCUUCGCAUUGGGGCUUGAGAUGCUUUAUUAAGGCUGGGAGGGGCAUCCGAGAGAGAGAAGAAGAAAUAUCAAGGGCCUGAAUAAACUGCUGAAAGAAGAUUCCUGAGUUGCGUCUUCCUUGCGGGCAAGGGGUCGCGACAAUUGGGUGCACAUCCUCCAUGUUGGUGUGCUGACUAACCACUAGUGGGGAAGCCAGCCAGGUCAUCUGACCCCUUCACCUGCCUGGGGAGGAGGCCCUAUAGCAGAAGCACGAGUGGGUCACGAGAAGCCCAGCUAUUUUAUAGCAGCCUAACUCGUUUUCAAGUACUUCCUUUUAUUUCUGGAUCAACCUUAACUUUUCCAUAAAGGGCCGAACCAAGAAGAGCCAAGCCACAGGGCAUGCAAAGUGCUCCUGUAGUAUUUCUUCUUUCUGACCUUCUUCUCCCUGCAGUAGCACACCUGGGGGUUAUCUUCAUUUUGUUCACUUCAUGAUGGGAAUUUUUAGCUAUAUCCGGCUUGCUCUUUGUUAUUAGCAUGGUCCCUACAGCAUUCUAAUUUCUGUCCCUGUGGUUCCAUUGCCUUCUCCUGUUUCUGUAAUCAAAACUUCCUUAGCCUCUUUCUCAUUGCGAUGCUUAUGGCUACAUUUAGAACCCACCUGGAUAAUUUAUCCAGUACAUCCUCCCACCUUCAGAUCCUUAACUUAACAAAAUCUCUUUUGCCACAGAGGUAACAUUCAUAGGUACUGUGAUUAGGAAAUGGAUAUCUUAGUGCCAUAAUUCAGACUAAGAUGCACAGUGAUUCCAGGAAACCAAGAUUAAACACACACAAACAAAACAAACAUGUACACACACACACACACAUAAUCUGAAAAGUAUCCUAAAUCACUUGAUUGCACACAAACAUACAAUCCAUCAAAAAUGUCAUCUCACCUUUGAUUGUUUUUAAAUAACCAUUCUUAUUUUAACUUCCAGUUUGAGAGUUAAAAAAUACAUCAUCACUCUUUGAAAUUCUCAGUAAUUAAUUUCCCCAUUUCUUUCAAAAUUGUUCCACAUAACCUGAAUUGUGCUUCAAUAGUCAAUAGGUUUAUAGGCAUAAAUUCUGACAUUUAUCUAUCUAUAUGAUACCUAUCUGGUAAUUAGAAAGGCCAGAUUCUUUAUAUUCCACUUUCCAAACUGGGUCCUUCAUGCUGGGGGAUUAAUGGUGCAAGAGGUGGAGCACUAGCAAAGGUUUUCUUUGCUUAUGACAUGGAGAGAAAGCUUUGUAGACCUACCAUAUGAACUCACUGAAUUGUUUUAAAGUGGGGCUCAUCACCUCACUCUUUGCUAGAUGCUUCCUAUAAAAAGUAUAUCCACAUUUCUUAUGCUACUGUUGAUAUUAAGGAGGUCUCAGGACAGGAUGACCCCUUUAAGAUCAUGCAACCUAUGGAACCAGACUUCUUAUACUUGAUCUAAACUGGAAGGCUGAGUGCAGUUCAGACCAGAUUUUUAGUCCCUGUAUUAGGAUGCCUUUAAUAAAAAGGUAAUUAAAAAAGAAAUCAGUAAAGUAAUUAGUGAAGUAAAUAAAUGAUUAAUGGCUCAUUUAAAAUGACUGUCAUUUUAUUUCUUUUAAAGAAAAAGCAAAUGAGUAACCCUUUACUCAUCAGAGUAAGCCCAUUCUUGUGGGGGUUUCAUGUGGCAGGGGAGUUUGCAGAGGCUGCUUGUACUUCAGGGGACACACCGUAUCCACCCAGGAGGAAGGAAAUCUCCCUGCUGCACAACCUUGGAAUUUACUGGUGAUAUCAUUCAUUCAUGUUACAUUUUCCUUAGAAUGCUUAAUAAUAAUAACACAUGAUGGUAACUCUCUCUGCCAUCAGAUUAUAACCUCCUGGAGGGCAGGAAAGAUUUAUUAAGCUAAUUUUAUUUUAACUUAACCAACACAUCUUGUUCUCUAUUACCAUCUAAUAAAGGUCUUACCCAGUGCCUUUCACAUGUUAGACACUGUGUUAGUGCUUUAUUUAUCUUUACAAUAACUUAGGAAGUUAUUGUAUUAUCUUUCAUAUUAUUUCACCAGAGGGAAGAGGUACCACUGAGAUAUUCAGCAGGGGUUGGAAACUCUGGGAUUGCAGCUACAUUUUGAAUAUGAAGAAACUUAGCAUCUCACUUGCUAAAGAUUAUAUAGCAAGUGGUAAAACCAGGAUUUUUGUCCAGGUCUUUCUGAAUUUAGUGUUCAAGCUUUUAUUGUAAGUACCUAUGAUAAUUCCUGCAUAUAAGCUCUGUGGAGAACAUAUAAGUAAGAUUCUAUUUUAACUUUAAGAUAACAAUUUAGUAGGAGGGGUAACCCAAGUAGUUACUCCAAUAACAUCAAUGUAUGUAUGCGUAAAUAUAUAUACCAUAUUCCAAGAGCAUUUAUUGGUAUAGUUGGUAGGAUUUUGGCAGAAAAAGAAAAGAGAUUUUCAUAUUGAGUUUAGGCAUAAAUAAACAACUCAGUUUUACAAAACAUGAGGCUUUUCCUUUGGAUGCAGUAUUGAAAACAUGUUGAGCAGAAAGAGAGGGUGGAGCCAUAUUAAUGGAGAGACUUUACUGUCCAACCAAAAUACUAAUAACACUUGUGUUUUUACUUCAGUAACCAUUGAGAAGGCCUUGAAGAUUUUGGAACAGAGGAGGAGCCUAUAGGAAGCUAGGCUAUAGAGCACAGCCUGUAGGAAGAUUGAUCAGGCAUCAGGAAACAGAAUGAAAAAAUAGUUUGGAGCAUGGACCAAGUAGAAUGACUCAUGAGGAUACUGUCCCAAUUGUUUAGAUUUGGAGGAAAUACAUUGACUUGGAAGAGAUUGAUGGCAACUAGUAUGGAAAGGAUGGAAUAGAUCAAAGAAAUAAGAGAGGAAAUCAAAGUUUCCUUACUUCUGACUUUUGGGGACUGUGGAAAAGAAUCAACAGUGUCUCUAUUGUCCAUAGACAGCCUAUUUUGGAGGAUAGAGGUUGCAAAAGCAGAUAUGGAGGGAUGAGAAAGAAGAGUAUGAUUGCUUAAGCUUUGCUUUAAAGAGUUUGGAGUGCCCACCUUAUGGAAGAGGAGCCAGUGAGAUAUUCAUCAGGUGGUUGAAACCUCUGGGAUUGGAGCUUGGUAAAUAAAUUGCAGCUAGAGUUAAAACUAAAAUUUAUCUGGAAUAAAGUGGUAGCUGGAACAAUACAGUAAGUGAGAUUGGUAAAGAAAGGGGAAAUAAAACUAAUGGAAUGAAGAACUUGGGAAAUACAUUUUAAGGCAGGAGAGCCUUUAUUUGAAGGUGUUUGCAAGCAGAUGAGCAACAUAUAACAUUUUAUUGUUUGUCACAGAGGCAAGAGGGCACAAAGGUAUCACUAUCCACUGGGGAACCAAAGCUCUCGCUGCAUGUUUACCUGUUUAGUUCUAACCUGCUUUAAGGAAAAUAAUAACCCUCAAUGAAGAUGAAUUGGGGGGCAUUUAAAGAGAAGAGAUGCUGGGUCAAUCUUCUUCACUGAAGGAAGAAAUAGGUGCAGAUACACUGUGCUGUGAAGGAUUGGUCCUUCUUGGCCUUGCUGACCCUCAAAUACAUUUCUUAUCUGAAAAUUUUCUCUUUUCUAGUCUAAAAUGGCUAUUGUUGCUUCCAGAGCUUUUCCUUUAGGAGGUUCAAGUUAAAAUGUGCACACUUAUUCACUUAGGAAAUCAUUGAUUCAACAGAUACUUAUUGGACAUUUCCUGUGUGCCAGGUACUAGUGUACAAAAUGACACCUUGUUAUAACAUUCUAUUAGAAGAAGUAAACCAUAAGAGACAAAGCACACACACACACACACAAAUGUAUGAUUGCAGCUAUUAUAAAUGCUAUAAAGAAGAAAAACGGGUGUGCCAUAAUUGCAUCAUAGUUAAGAAUGCUGAUGGUGGUGGACAGUGGAGGGUGGCUAGUGUUCAUGGAAGUGCACACUGAGACCAACAUGGAGUUGGAGAUGGCCAGGUAAUGUAUGGAGGAAAAAGUCUUCUAAGCAAUGAGAAUUUUUUGAGAAAGCCCCAAGUGAGAAGAGCCUGAGCAUUAAGAGGAGAGAAGGGUAAAGGACUGAUGGAGAAUGGAAAGCAGAUGAGCAGCCUGCGACAAGAAUGGGAACCUGGAGGGAAGUCAGGUCCUGAGGAGUCUUGAGGGACAUAUUUUAAAAAAUGGAAUUUUGUUCUGCUCUCAACAGAGGCUUAUGUAAUUUACUUGGCAUUUUUAAAACUCGGGAAGGAAGAAGUUUGUGAAAGUAGAUAAGAGAGGAAUGAGUUAUUAGUUUGAUCUCAGUGAUCCAUAAUGGCAAUGUGAAUUAUUCCGGUGGCAGUGGAGACUUGAUAACUUUCUGAAAAUUAUUGAAAUCUUAGCAUAAUAUAAAAAUAUAAUUCAUAGUAGAAUAGAUUAAGGAUGUUUCAUUAGCAAUGCCCACCCCCCAACCAUGCACUCCUGUGGAGGAGCUUUUCUAGUGUUAGAAAUGCCAAAUAUAUGUCAUUCAUGAGAAUCAUUGAAGUUGAAACAUUCUUAAAAUAUACACAGUAAAUUCUCUUUGAAGACCUCCUGUGUGUGUGUGUUUGUGUGUGUGUGUGUAUUUGUGUCCUGGGGAUUGAACUCAGGGGCUGUAUCCCCAGCCCUAUUUUGUAUUUUAUUUAGAAGCAGGGUCUCACUGAGUUGCUUAGUACCUUGCUUUUGCUGAGGCUGGCUUUGAACUCAUGAUCCUUCUGCCUCAGCCUCCUGAAAAGCUGGGAUUAUAGUCGUGCACAACUGCUCCUGAUGAAGAUUUUCUGUUUCUUUCACAAAAGAGUUAUGGAUACAAGCCAUGUAUACAGGAACUGGAUUAGGCUCUGGGGAUGCAAAUAUGAGAAAAGAAUGAUCUUGUUCUUGAAGAGCUGCAAGACUUGUUUCUUGAUGUAUGUGGCCAAAGUCACUACACCCGGCCAAAAACAUAACUAUGUUUUUACUAAAAGAAAGAAUGCCAUUUAAAAAAUGUAAUUUGUCCAAUUAAAAGAUUGGAAAAAUGUUCUAUUAUUAUAUAAAGAAAUAUGAUUAUUUGUAAGGUAACUUACAACUUAUAAAAACAGUAACUUUUUUUCAUUUGGUUCUCAUAAGAAUUCUUUAGGUCAGUGGUUCUCAAUGGAGUGGGAGAGUGAUUAAUGUUAACUUUGUCUCUGUGUGACAGUGGGAAAUAUUUGAAGAUAGUUUUAUCUGUCACAACUGCAGAGAUUGCUCUGGGGACCCAACAGGUGGAGACCAGGGAGGCUACUAAGCAUCCUACUAUGUGUUACAUAGCCCUCCUCAAUAAAGGAUUAUCUAGCUCCAAAUGUUAAUAAUUCUGAGAUUGAAAAUCCUUGUUCUAAAUUCGAUUUCCUUUUUUGAUCUAUAGGAAAAAAUUGCCUAAAACAUAAUCUAACUCUUAUUUUGGCAUGUUCUGUAUUACUGUGUGUUACCUGUUUCUGAAACUUUUAACAUCUGACUGACACUGAAGUCCAAUCUGUGUAAGUACUUAAAUUGGCUGUUCUUUGCACAUUUCUAUGAAGCUGUCAUGUCAGUAUAUUGGCAUGUGGUCAUUCUUGUUAGCUUAGAGUUUCAUAAGCCUCUAAGGACUAUGUACUGAAUUAAGUAAGGUGGUGAAAUGUUUGGAAUGGCUUAAGUACACACAGUAUAACUCCUGUACCAUGUUACAAGUAGUUAAAUGAUAAUUUCUCACAACAUAAAUAGGAAAUAAACUGCAAACACAUGAUCAUUGAA